AUGAAGAUGGCACUCGUUGCUGCUGGAGGAAACGACGGUCAGCUCAUCACCAGACCGGGCGAAGCUCCUCUCCCCAACUGCCUUGCACGAUUGAUCCAGAACAAGCAUCAGAUUGUGGUGGACGCGCUGCCUUACAUUGACAAGGAGUAUGAUAACCCGCACUAUCGACAAGUUGUGGAUAGGAUGGUAGAGGAAGAGAUGGAGUCAUUUGCGCCGGAAGAUUACAUCUCCUCCCUGCCGCCGAUUCCCGCCCUGUCUUUGCCCGAAGGAAGCGCCUUGCGUGCAGAAUAUGACAGAAUGAUGCAAGACGAGGAGUACAAGUUCGCUGAGUUUGAUAUGUCAAGGUAUGAGUGCCAUGCGCCGCAAGGGAAAGAUGCUGCAGAUCCUGAGAAAUGGAAGGAGGCUGUCCGCACUGCCCAGGCUCACCACGAGCUCACCACAGCGCGAGGGUACAACUCCGAGAUGCUCGCCCAACAUGGCUCGAACGCCUGGAGAGCUUACAACUCGGGCCUUGAAGACUUGAAUCAAGUCUACAAAUUCGAAAACGACCAGAUGAAGGCCAAGGUAAAGCCUCCCCCCGUCGGCUGCCCGUCUGACAAGCAACUGGAGGUGGUGGAGAUCAACAGGAAGAGAAUGGCAGACCAGCUCAUGAUGGAGAACAAGAUCAGGCGCUUGAGCGAAAGAUAUCAGUUGGCUGUGACCAAGAACAUGCGCAUUGAAGCAGAAUGCAUCAGGUUUGCGAGAAAGAGCUGGGGAUCUCGAACGAAGAGACUACAGGCGAAUCGUCCUAAGCUGGAGGGAACGCAAGAGUUAAAGGGGAAUGCGAAAGAAUGA